CUUCCCACGUGAAUUAUGAUCUAUUAUGGUGCUCAACAACUUCUGCAGCAAGUUGUAACCUCACCGGUACCACCACCAAGCGGUAUCCAAUCGUCGACAAUCCCUGCAGCUGUAGUAUCUGCAGGAUCUGCUACAACUUUGUCGACGGCGACUACAACGACGGCAGUUGCUGCGAGACCUUCUACCGCAAACAACAACAACAGCAACAGUGCCGUCAGGUUAUCGGGCACCAGAACAGCCGUAGAGAAGCAGAACCUUCGCGAGUCGUCGUCCCAGCCGCUGCGGAAGGAAUCGGACGAACGGGCCGGAACGAUCGAGAGCGGUAGCAGCAACACCAGCAUGUUACUGCUGCAGCCACAGGCAUCUUCUUUUAGUUCCAUUUCUUCGUUUGAUUAUUUGCUAUCGCAACAGCAAAACCACCCGGAACAAUCGUACCAUCAAUUGGACAACUUUGGUCCCCCUCACGAUCAGCAACCGACAAGUCAACAGCACCACCAACUGGUGUCUGGACUGCUAUCCUCCACCCAUCAACUAGACAAGUUUGCCGAACUUUUUGAAUCUCCGCAAGCCCACACUCCGGCAGAAUCCGUUUCUACUGAGUCGUAUCUCGAUCAAACCCAACAUUCAAACAGCUCCAGUGACACUCUCGUAGGACUAGAAGAUAAUCAUACUUCAUUUGGUGGCUCUACCGAUAGUAUCCCAACUGCAUUACUCAAAGUAGAACCCAGUCUUACCGACCUUCCGGAUCCAUUCAACACACCAGGUCCGUCCCGCUCCCAAACGACUGAACCGGAUCAAGAUCUUAUACUUGAAACAUCGUCAACCGAGGAACUUGGGCUUUUAUCCUUACGCUCUAGCAGCGACCCAGUGUUGGCGAGCAGUGCCCGUCAUCCUCAGCUUCAACAGAACCCCUUACAACUUAUCCAUCAACAAUCAAGAACCGGCCCUCGACCAAAUCCGUCCACAGAAGAACCCAGUGGCAGCGGUCUCAGUGCAAUUCUACCUAGCUUCCAGGAGACUUAUCCCAUCAAAUACAACCAACUGGCAAGUUUCGGUUUAAAAAUGGACGAAGAUUGCUUCAAAAUCGCCGCCUCACCACAUCAUCAAACGGUGGGCUACGGUCAUCACAGUUACGGGCAUCACGGAGCGGUCCACCAGGGCCAUUAUGAGUACACCCAACAUGCCGCUGCUCCGACGGCACACUUUGCCAAUCCCUCGUCGGGUGGAACAUUCUACACACCAUCCUACGAACAACACGCAGCGAACUACGGCGCCGUAACUCCCCAGGACACCUACUCCUUGCCACCAUUCCCAACUAUUGCCGAGCUUCACGUUUCCACGACCUGUUACCGUCGGGCUUCUCUGCCGCUUCAACGCUCGGAAUCCACCUCCAGUAGCGAAAGCCCAAAACCGCCACGAGCGGGCAUUUACAAGUACUCGGCUUUACCAAGUGCGUCCAGCUCAGCUUCCAGCUCACCGAGCUACAUCAACAACAAUAAUCCCAACACGAUCAACAACAACGAAGUUGCUGCGGCUGCUGCAGCCGCCGCCGCCGUUGGAGUCCCUUGUGUGACUCCCGUGCCACGUGGUACCACCCCUCAAAGCCCAUCUCAGAUGUGCGCCGUCUGUGGCGACACGGCAGCCUGUCAGCACUACGGCGUAAGAACCUGCGAAGGGUGCAAAGGUUUCUUCAAACGCACCGUACAAAAGGGCUCCAAAUACGUUUGCCUCGCCGAUAAAGCCUGCCCGGUUGACAAGCGACGGCGCAACCGAUGCCAAUUCUGUCGAUUCCAAAAAUGUCUGGUUGUCGGUAUGGUCAAGGAAGUGGUUCGCACCGAUUCGCUCAAAGGCAGACGAGGACGGCUACCCUCCAAACCGAAAUCCCCGCAAGAAUCUCCUCCAAGUCCACCCGUCUCCAUGAUUACCGCCUUGGUACGAGCUCACGUCGACACUACACCCGAUCUCGCCAGUCUCGACUACAGCCAGUACCGGGAGCCCGGCCAGCAUGAACCCAUCAUUUCCGAAGCGGAAAAGGUGCAGCAGUUCUACAAUCUCCUCACAACCUCGGUGGAUGUGAUCAAACAGUUCGCCGACAAACUACCCGGAUUCAGUGAUCUCAGCCCCGACGACCAGGAGCUUCUGUUCCAGUCCGCCUCGUUGGAACUGUUCGUGCUGCGGCUGUCGUACCGGGCCCGUAUCGACGACACCAAGAUGACAUUCUGCAACGGAGUGGUGCUGCACAAGCACCAGUGCCAGCGAUCGUUCGGCGACUGGCUGAACGCCAUACUCGAGUUCAGCAAAAGCCUGCACUCGAUGGAGAUCGACAUAUCUGCCUUCGCGUGUCUCUGUGCGUUGACCCUCGUUACCGAUCGUUACGGGCUGCGAGAACCGAAGAAGGUCGAACAGCUGCAGAUGAAGAUCAUCGGCAGCCUGCGGGACCACGUCACCUACAACUCGGAGGCGCAGCGGAAGCCGCACUACUUCAACCGGCUGCUCGGCAAACUGCCAGAGCUGCGAUCGCUCAGCGUCCAGGGGCUGCAGCGGAUAUUCUACCUGAAGCUGGAGGAUCUCGUACCGGCACCGCCGCUGAUCGAGAACAUGUUUCUCGCCAGUUUGCCGUUCUAAGCGUUCGGCAAAGAUUCACGGACACAGUAGUACUUACAACAAGAAAGCUAGCUAAAGAAAGACUUAAACUGAGUUCAAUUGAGAUGAGAAUUUUUAGGAAGCUAUCAUUUUCACUUUCGACCUUAUAGGGAACAUCGAAGAUCGGGAAUGCGAGAUUGAGUGGAAUGUAUUAUUAUUUUCAGAAUGAGAGCGUAGUUGAAAUUUUACUUUAAGAAAUUUCAAGAAUAUUUAGGAUAAGUAUAACUGUCACAACACAAAUCAUCGCUAUGGAAUGUCACUUCUGUUUUAGGUGUUUUAUUGGGUAAGGUGAAUGUUGAUGCUGAUGCAUUCAAUUAGAGGUGGGAAAAUAUAAUCAACAUUGUGAAGACGAGAUAUAAUUGAUAUUUUCCCAAAUCUGGAGGAAAUCAGCUAAAUCUAUUAUCAUAAGUACAUAACCAUAAGCAUGAAUACAA